AUGGACUCUCACGCGGCCGGCCCCCGGGCCAAAAAGGCCAAGCUGGACAAGGCGAGCAGGGCUGUAAAGGCGGCGACGAGCGAAAACGUCGAAAACGGCGAGAAAGUCAAAAAGUCGACCAAGAUAAAGACGAAGAAGGCCAACGGCAUAGAAUACACCGAGAAGAUGGACAAGAUGGACACAUCCGAGACCAAGGCAAAAUCAAAACGGCCGAUAGAGGAGGAUGAGGGUGAGGACGAGGUGGACGAAACGGCAGCAGCUGAGCUGGAGGAGAAGGACGUUGGCGAGGCGACGGAGGAGAAGGCGCCAGCAGAGGAAGAGCUUCCCACGACGUUCAAGGAGCUGGGCCUCGUCGACGUGCUCUGCGAAAUCUGCGCAACGCUCAAGUUCUCCAAGCCCACGCCGAUCCAGGCCAAGGCCGUGCCCGUGGCUCUGCAGAACCGCGACGUCAUCGGCACGGCCGAGACGGGCAGCGGCAAGACGCUCGCGUUUGCCCUCCCCAUCCUGCAGGCGCUGCUCGACAAGCCGCGGCCGUUCUUCGGCCUUGUGAUGGCGCCGACGCGCGAGCUGGCCGUGCAGAUCGGGCAGACCUUUGAAGCGUUCUCGAGCAUCGCGCUGCGGUGCGCCGUGAUUGUCGGCGGCAUGGACAUGGUCCCGCAGACGAUUGCGCUCGGCAAGCGGCCGCACAUCAUUGUGGCCACGCCGGGCCGGCUGCUGGACCACCUCGAGUCGACCAAGGGCUUCUCGCUCAAGAGCCUGCGCUAUCUGGUGAUUGACGAGGCGGACCGGCUGCUGGACAUGGACUUUGGGCCGACGCUGGAAACGAUUCUCAAGCACCUGCCGCGCGAGCGCCGCACCAUGCUCUUCUCGGCGACCAUGUCCAAAAAGGUCGAGAGCCUGCAGCGCGCCAGCCUGCGCGACCCCGUGCGCGUGACGGCCACGUCGCCCGGCGCGGCGGGGCCCGACGGCCAGCAGAUGGUGGCGACGCUCAAGCAGAGCAUGCACCUGGUGCCGUAUCCGAAAAAGGACACGGCGCUGGUGUAUCUGAUCAACGAGUACAGCGGGCGGUCGGUGAUUGUGUUUACGCGCACCGUCUACGAGACGCACCGCGUGGCCUUUUUGCUGCGCGCCCUCGGCUUUGGCGCGAUCCCGCUCAACGGCAAGCUGAGCCAGUCGGCGCGGCUGGCGGCGCUCAACAAGAUCAAGUCGGGCGACCGCGGCAUUCUCGUCGCCACCGACAUUGCCGCGCGCGGCCUCGACAUCCCGCGCAUCAGCAUCGUCAUCAACUACGACGUGCCCCAGGACAGCAAGACGUAUGUGCACCGCGUGGGCCGGACCGCGCGCGCGGGCAAGUCGGGCCACGCCAUCAACCUGGUCACGCAGUACGACGUGCAGCAUUUCCUGGCCAUUGAAAAGGCCAUUGGCAUGGAGCGCCAGAUCCGGCCGCUGCCCGUCGACAACGAGGAAAUGGACGUGUUCCGCCCGCGCGUCGAGGAGGCGCAGCGGCACGCCAAGGCGGAGAUGCGCACGUGGCAGGAGCAGCAGGCCAACCACGGCCGGCGCAGCGGCGGUCGGCCGCGCAACAACGGGUCGGGCGUGAUGGGUGGCCGCAGCCGGGACGACGACAUGGACAGGGGAGAGUUGUAA